GCCGGGACGCGCGCAGGUUGGGCUGGGGAGGACGCGUCAGGCAGGAGAGGAGGUGAGGGUCCCCGCCCUUGCCAGGGCCAGCUGUUACGUGAAUGACCCUUCCUCACCCACCUACCCUGGGCUUAGGGACCAGCGCCAACUUCCUUUAGAAAACAUACACAGAAGGCCCACAAACAACUGCUUGUCUCCCCAAGAAGAAUGAUGAGAUGCUUGGGCCCACCUUUCCAUAGCCUGGCCAGGGGCCACUCCUAGGCCCUUCCCACAGCACCCUCUGCCCAGGGACCUCUGACAGAGGGAAGCCCAACCACCAAACUACCCGAUGGGAUCAACUAUCUCCCUCUGCCUCUGAGACAAGAACCAUGGGGAAUCUUCCUGCUGCAUCCUACACCCCCCUCCCCCAAAACCAGGUUCCCUCUGCAGUGACGGAGGGUGGAGGGAACUCAUUCCUGCCACCUGCCUGUGAUGGGAGGAGAAACAAUAACCCCAGCCAACCUCCCUGGAGACCCCCAGGUAGGAAGUUUCAAUGUUUGGCUGUGAGGGUGCCAGCUCUUUUCCUGCCAUCAUUGCCAGAGCCUGCCACAAACACAUUAUGCUGGGUGUCAGGGCCUCUGGGUCCUAUGCCAGUUUCUCCUCCCAGUCUGGAAGCCCCCCUGGCCUUUGCCCUCUGUACUGGGAGACAUAGGCUUCUUACAGCAGGAGCAGACCCAUGACUAGCUGUGGGGCAGGAUCUUGGCUGUGGGCAGCCCCCAGAAGGGAACUCCAUGGGCCCUGUUGAAUCAGAAGCUUCCAGUUUUGCAUAGACCAACCUUCUGGGCUCUUCUCUCUCAAGCUGUGUCCAGGCUGAGGCCCAAGUCUUGGCCAGGAAGUCUUGGUGACACUGUGACCAUUCCCAAAGGGGGGUUCCUGGGAGAGGCCAAGUGGUGCCUGCCUUUAUCCCUGUCCCCAUCCUUCUCCCCACUGAGGAUGGACGGACUAAUUGUCCCAGGGAUGGAAGCCUGGGGGAGCCCUGAUUAUUCCUAGUGCCAAGUGUCCUUGGUAAGGGGCCAAGAGGGGCUUUUUCUGCCACACACUAAGUUCGGUUCAGCUGAGGUCUUGGUGCUCUCGGCUUGGCUGAGGCCACCCUGUUCCUUUGUAAUAAAAGACACCCUCUCACCACCAGAGUCCUCAGUCUCGGGCCCCUGUCCUGAAGCCAGCUCAGUACUUAGGCUGAAGGCAGCCCAGUCCUUAGGCUAACUGGCUCCUGCAGACUCCUCUAUAUGAAAGGGGAUCAGGGACCCAGCCACUUCAGAGAUCAGUGGGGAGAUCUCCCCAGUCCAGGAGCCCCAGGGGAUUCUAAUUGGCAUGCAAAAGGAAGACGGGCCCCUGUUAAUAACCAUCCUGUGACUUGAAAUGUACCUUCUUUCCCCAGGUUCAAAGCAGCUUAGAUUUUUGUCAUCUGGGAGCACUUUUUUCCCCAGUCUUCCUGGGAGGCAAGGAAGGGCCAUUCACAAUUGAAUAUUAAGGCCCUGGAAUUAAGAUACUGUCCAAAAUCACCAAGGGUGUUUCUAGCCAAACCAGAAACACUGGCCUCCUGACUCCUAGUCAAGUGCUGUAUCUGCACACUGCCAGUCAAGUCCCUCCAUUUGACUCUUGCCUAAUUGGCAACUUUGAAGUCUCUGGGAUGCCAGCCUCUCAUUGACCUGAACUUAUAUCCUUAGAGACCAAGUGUUAGCAGCUCCCCUGUUGACCCUCUGGAAGUGAUGGGGUGAUGGAAGUGAUACAGGUUCCCAUGAGUCAGAGGUCAAGUGUCUGAGGAUGGGAGGAGUCAUUGUAGCAAAGGCCUCUCUAUGGCUGGGGCUCUCUGCAGGGAAAUCUAGGGGCAAAUUUCGGAAGGCAGUGGGGUUCUGUGCUGGGAGAACACAAAGUGACACUGGGGAGAAAAGUGGGGCUAUUGCUGUGAGAACAUAUACCCAGGGGAUGAUAGGACACCCCACCUUGCUUUAGCACUGCUUGAAUUAAGGUGAAAGGGAGAGAUGGGGAUCCUUUGGGAAUGGUGUCUCCCCGGUGGCUGGCCCAUGUAAUGAUGGACCAGUCACCUUGGGGACAAGGUCUCAACCCUCUGACAAGGCCUUGGUGUCCUUGGGGGUUAACAGGAGAGGCCAAGCGGGUUGAGAGCCUGUGCUGCAGAUAGACUUGGGAGGCUGGUGCUUUGCCCACCGGGGUAGCCGCGGGCAGGCGUCAUGGGGCAGCCAAUCAGAGGAGGAGGGGACUGCGGAGAAAACCAGUGCUCCCGCUGCAGCUGAGCUGUCCUUGCAGGGUGGGAGCCAAGGGAAGGGGGGAGGAAGGGGUGGGGAAGGACAUUCCACAGGCUUUUUUGGCCCCUGACAGAGACAGGAGGGGGGUCAACACGAAAGGGAACGGAGCAAGUCAGGACGCCGGAUUACAAGAGCAUCCAGACCAGGCUGUUUCUGUGUGUAAGGAACUUUGCCUAAGAGAUAAAAUUAGACUAAAGCUUGCUGACAGGGAGUCUGAAGCGUGGGACAUGGACCGUUCACUGGGAUGGCAAGGCAGUUCUGUCCCCGAGGACAGGACUGAAGCUGGGAUCAAGCGCUUUCUGGAGGACUCGGAUAACCCAGAACUGAACAAGUUCGUGAAGGAUUUCCCAGGAAGCGAGAGCUACCACCAACCAGAGGCCAAGACCUGGGUGUCCAGGCCCCAAAUCCUGGAGCCAAGGCCCCAGGCCUCGGACCUCUGCCAGGAUGACCUGGAGUUCAGACCCCCUUCAUGGCCCCAGCCCUCUGACAGCCAGCAGUUCUUCUCUGCCUCAGCCCCCCUCAGCCCCUCAGCCCGGCCCCGCAGCCCGUGGGGAAAGCUCGAUCCCUAUGACUCCUCUGAGGAUGACAAGGAGUAUGUGGGCUUUGCGACCCUCCCCAAUCAAGUCCACCGAAAGUCCGUGAAGAAAGGCUUUGACUUUACCCUCAUGGUGGCAGGAGAGUCUGGCCUGGGGAAAUCCACUCUCAUCAACAGCCUCUUCCUCACUGAUCUAUACCGGGACCGGAAACUCCUGAGUGCUGAAGAACGGAUCAUGCAAACGGUGGAGAUCACUAAGCAUGCAGUGGACAUAGAGGAGAAGGGCGUGAAGCUGCGGCUCACCAUUGUGGACACACCAGGUUUUGGGGAUGCCGUUAACAACACAGAGUGCUGGAAGCCUGUGGCAGAAUACAUCGACCAGCAGUUUGAGCAGUAUUUCCGAGAUGAAAGUGGCCUGAACCGCAAGAACAUCCAAGACAACAGGGUGCACUGCUGCCUGUACUUCAUCUCGCCCUUCGGCCACGGGCUCCGGCCACUGGAUGUUGAAUUUAUGAAGGCCCUGCAUCAGCGGGUCAACAUCGUGCCUAUCUUGGCAAAGGCGGACACACUGACACCUCCUGAAGUGGAGCGCAAGAAACGCAAAAUCCGGGAGGAGAUUGAGCACUUUGGAAUCAAGGUCUACCAGUUCCCAGACUGUGACUCUGAUGAGGAUGAGGACUUCAAAUUACAGGACCAAGCCCUAAAGGAAAGCAUCCCAUUUGCCGUCAUUGGCAGCAACACCGUGGUAGAGGCCAGAGGGCGGCGAGUUCGAGGCCGGCUCUACCCCUGGGGCAUCGUGGAAGUGGAAAAUCCAGGGCACUGCGACUUUGUGAAGCUGAGGACAAUGCUGGUGCGUACUCACAUGCAGGACCUGAAGGAUGUGACACGGGAGACACAUUAUGAGAACUACCGGGCACAGUGCAUCCAGAGCAUGACCCGCCUGGUGGUGAAAGAACGGAAUCGCAACAAACUGACCCGAGAGAGUGGUACCGACUUCCCCAUCCCUGCUGUUCCACCAGGGACAGAUCCAGAAACGGAGAGGCUGAUCCGAGAGAAAGAUGAGGAGCUGCGGCGGAUGCAGGAGAUGCUGCACAAAAUCCAAAGACAGAUGAAGGAGACCCAUUAGCUGGCUUUCAGCCUUGAAUAUUUAAAUCACCGCCUCUUCCUCCUGCUAUGCCGGCCCCUCCCAGCACCAGCUCUACUCAGGCCUCUGCAGCUACUGCCACUUGACCUUACAUCCCUGCUGCCUCCCCAGAGACUCAGAAGAAAUAAAGUUUAACAAAUCUA